UGUCAAUUUUUCCUAACCUAAAUUUACCGGCAAGCAAAGCAACGGCUGACUUGGCUAAAUUUACUGAAACUAAUGUCGUUUUUUACUUUGUAAACUGCUGUUGUUUUGAAAUCGUUUAUUUUAGGAUUAGGUUAACACUAACUGUGAAUAAGUAGUUUUGCGAUCGAAAUGCCAAAACAUAAGAAGAAAGAAGAGAGUUCCAGUAGCGAUAGUGACGAUGGCCCUGUCGAUAGAAAUCCACCCCCAGAAAAAAAAGCUAAGAUGGGGUCAAGAACUGACGAUAAAGAGCCAACCUGGGUGCUACAAGGGAAGAAAUUGGUCAAAGUCAGAGAAUUCAAAGGGAAAGUUUAUGUAGAUGUCAGGGAGUUUUACGAGAAGAAUGGUGAAUUGCUGCCUGGUAAAAAAGGGAUCAGUUUAACUCCAGAACAGUGGAGGAAACUCCUAUCAUUGGGAGAUGAAAUCAAUGAAACUAUAAGCUCACAUUGUUAAUAUAUGUGUUUUAUAUUUCUGUUCAACUUCAUUAAAGAAGUCUGCAAUCA